GCAUGCGCCCCGGGUGAAAGUGAAAGUGGCCUUUGCUUCCUGGCCCCCUGCCCUGUCCCCCUCCCCGCCCCGCAGGCCCCAGGGACUAGCUCGGGCUUGUCCCUGGACGCCGUGGACGCGGGAGACGGACAGGAGCUCCUGCUGCAGUGUGACCCUGGUGGCUUGGAGAGUGAGGUGGAGCCAGAAGGCACUGAAGCCCCUGACCAGUGAAGCUGCUUCAAGACAGGUUGCUGAGAAUGAUGGGAAGUGCGUGUAGGAUGAAAUACAAAUUUUUGGAAAGCCCUUUGGGAAGAAUAGAAAUUUCAGGAUGUGAAGCCGGGGUGCAUAGAAUAAAGCUUCUGGAAAAAAUGGUUCAAAGACCUGACGGCGGCAGCCACCAGGCCUCCUUUUCUGGGGAAGAGCUCGAGGGCCCCGAGGAAACGCCGGCGGCAUUAGACAAGUGUGCAGCCUGGCUAGCGGCCUAUUUCCACGCUCCGGAGACCGUGAAAGAUCUCCCUCUGCCCGCCUUCCAUCAUCCCAUCUUCCAGCGAGACUCUUUCAGAAGACAGGUGUUGUGGAAGCUGAUGGCAGCGGUGAAAUUGGGAGACACUGUUUCCUACCAGCAGCUUGCAGCCCUGGUGGGGAAGAGCGGAGCUGCCCGAGCUGUUGGGGGAGCCAUGAGGGACAACCCGUGCCCUGAUGCUCGGCCAAGAGACAUGCAGAAAGAGGCAUGUGCACAGAAGUUAAAUGAGGCCUGGCUCAUGAAGUAUCAGCCCCAUAUGAAAGCGGCCACACGUCAUUGUCACGGGGACCGGUCUAAUGGGGCUGGCUAUAGAAGAGCGAAGGGGCUGUCCCUUUCAUCUAAGGGGGCAGCAGCUCAUUCGCUUGAGGACACCCAUGUUCAUCCAUACUGUUGAUACCUGACCUCCCUGUGUACACUUCUACCCUCUCAUCCACAGGUCACGUAACACAAAGCCCAGCACACUUUCUACUACCCAAACUGCCUCUAGGAAGAGGUAUUUAAUAAAAGCUAC